GCAAUAAGGGCAAGCCAGGUUUAAACUGAGGAUCCUGAACUUCCUGGUUUGCCCCUGUCUGAAAGCAAAACAAGAAGCAGCAGAGCAAGCUCCAAACAAUUUCAGAGCAAGACCAUGGCCUACCGAGACCUGGUAGGGAAUUGGCACAAAGGCAUCCUGGCUCUGGAGGAGGGUGACUGGGCAUUGGCCUUAAAGAUCUUCCAAAGCAUCGAAGGGCCUCCCUCAAAGAUUGAGUUCAACAUUGGCUGCAUUCAUCUCUUACAAGGAGACCUGCUAGAAGCACAGGAGGCAUUUGACCGAACAAUUUCCAAAGACAACUGCUUAGCUGUGGGUUUCUACCAGAAAGGCUACGUCUGCCUACAACUGGAGAGGUAUGAAGAAGCCCUGAACGACUGUCAGCAGGCUCUGGCACACCUCCGAAAUAACUCCUUUAUCGAUUACAAGCAGCUGGGUCUGAAAUUUGUCUUGUGUGCCUGGGAGGUGCUGUACAAUACUGCUGCAGUCUACUGCCGGCUUGGGAAGUGGCAGGAAGCAGAACACACCUUGGAAGAGGCUUUUGCGUGGACUCCCAAGGGCCAAGCCUUACGCCUCAGUGCUGCUCUGGAGCAAGUGCAGGAGCAUCUCUUCCUGGAGCCCAGGAGCAUCCCACAGGGGGAGUUCUUCAGACCUCGGAAAGAGGAUGUGGAGGAACUCGAGGCAAAAGAUUUCCUCGGCCAACCCAAGGUCAUCUCCUCUGCUUUUGAGGAAGACAACGCCAGCAGUUUUCCACAGCCCCAGGGCUGUUAUAAAUCUGGAAUGGAUCCUUCCCGAGAACAAGAUGGUGGAUACCAUUACUUGGUGGCCCCUUACUACCCUGAGAGGGGCUGCCCCCUUAAAGCUGGCAGUGUCAUUUAUGUCUUAUCGAUGGGUCCAGGCAGCCAUGCAACAGGCAUAUUCGAAGGGCAGAAAGUCUGCAUCCCGGUCUCCCACCUGGAGCCCAUGAGCCCUGCUGGACGUGGCAAAGGGGAAAUCCACAGUGGUCUUCCCCUUCCCCCAGAGAAAGUUCCCCCCAGCCGGCCCCCUGAGAGGCCAAGGAUGGAGCCACCAGGACUGACAGGAAGGAACGUAGGCAUGAAUGGUGCUGACCCCAAAGCAGACCCACCAAGCUCCCCUUCUUGUGUGCAGGCCCCACUGGCCCAGGAGGAAGUCUCCCUCACCAACGGCAGACCUGUCCUGCUAACAGUCCAUGGAUCUUACACGGCAAACCUGCAGACAACUAGUGCCCCCUCCCUGGUUGACUUGCGUGCCAUGCUGCUGGAAGAGUGCUGCCGGCAAGCCGAGAAGAUGACACUAAGGUACAGACCUCUAGGCAGUGAUGAGUUAAUCCCAAUAAGCACUGAUGAGGAACUGAGGAAAGUUUGGCAAGAGGUACAAAGCAGCCACCUGACCUUCUGGUGCCAGGGCAAAGACAACAGCACAGACAGACGUGUUCUCUACCAGAUGGUGGCACGACACUCGUACUCUGCACAGGGACUGGAAGACCUGAGUUUUAAGGAGGGCAACAUCCUGGAGAUCCUCUCUGAAGUGAAUGAGGAAUGGCUAGAAGGGCGCUGUAAUGGAACCAUUGGGAUUUUCCCAAAAUGCUUUGCUGUGCGAGAGAGUGCUGCUGCUGCUCUUUCUCCAUCCCCCUCCCCAGACACGGUUGCCUCUCCUUCCAGAGACUGAGGGAUCAUUGCAUUCCAUUACAGUUAUCUUGAAAUUACUUGAAAGGAAAUAAACGAAGAUGCGUAUUGUCA